AUGACUGCGCCUAUUGUAGUCCUUUUCCACUACAUCCUGUUACACAUUGUCAUCAUGAUGCAUCAUAUUGAGUCUUUCGAGCUUCCCAAGUGGAUUUCGAAGCAUUCCCUCGACGCAUCUCUUGUUUUGGCUGGAAGUGCAAGUCCCGCUUUGUCCAUUCAGGACUUGAUCGAGCUUUCCUCAGACAAGCAGACAACUUCCCGCAAUCUGAAUGGCAGUCUAAGUCUUCGGCAGGAGAUCUCCCGUCUCUACGAUGGAGUCACGGCAGAGAACAUCCUCGCGACGAAUGGAGCAACAGGUGCCAAUUCGCUUGUCUUCCAAAGCCUGCUCAAGCCUGGCGAUCAUGUCGUUGCCAUGUAUCCUUCAUAUACCCAGCUUCUGUCUAUCCCCAAAGCCACUGUUGGAGAGAACAUCACAUAUUGGGCUCUUGAUCUAAACAAUCAAGCCCAGGGAGAUCUACAGCAGUUGAAGGACAUGAUCAAGCCCACCACGAAAAUGAUUGUGCUGAACAACCCCAAUAACCCCCUAGGUACUACCCUGAGUCUCGGAAUGCAACACGCAAUAGUCGCCCUGGCCCGUGAACAGGGUCUAAUCCUUCUGGUUGAUGAGAUUUUCCGCCCAUUGUUCCACGACUCGACAAACCCGCCCUCGUUUGUGGAGCUGUCGGAAGAGUCUGACACGGUGAUUGUCACCAGCUCCAUGAGCAAAGUCUGGGGACUAUCUGGUGCCCGAGUAGGCUGGAUCGCAACGAAAAACGCCAAAAUUCUCUCCGAUUGUUUGAAUAUGGGUCUCUAUACGAUGAUGGCCGUAGGCAGCAUUGAUGAGGUCAUCGCUGCGGAGGCUUUGAGUGAUCGAUGCCGGCCUCAAAUUCUGGCGAAGCAUCUAGCAAUAGCUCAGAAGAAUCUCAGCCUCCUGGAAAACUUCGUCAAUAGACACGCAGGUGUUUCGUGGAUCAAACCAAGCUCAGGAGCGACAGCUUUCGUACGAUUCUCUUCGAAGGGAGCCCCUGUCGACGAUGUUGAAUUCUGUCUGAGGUUGAAGGAGAAGAAGGGCGUUUUGCUGGCCCCUGGAAGUCUCGCCUUUGGAUUGGCGGCUGCUCAGGACUUCCGUGGGUUCGUCCGGAUGCACGUAACCGCUCCUCCGGAGAAGGUGCAGGCAGCUCUGGACGCGAUUGAUGAAUACUUGGACUAG